AAGUGCUCACUUUAAAUACAGCACUUGAGUGGGGAUGGUUGUGGUUUGCUUUAGUAAGAGUCUUUCACUGCUGACUGUGACACUGUUCAGGUCAAUCACAAGAGGAUCAGUGCAGAUGCCCAGUCAUUCACAGCACUGUUAACAGCACAACACCACACACUCUAAGAGCCUUUCACACAUCCCAGUCUGCGAUGGUCACUAAGAUACUGUCUGUGGAGGAGAUCUUCAGUCUUUACAUGACUAUCUGAAGAAGAAGGAGAUGCAGUAUAACUCAUGCUGAAAGCCAAACACUGCAUGAUGAGCAUGUGAAAGUGAAAAGGACUAACCUGUCUGUGCUUGGGCCUCUGGUCCAGAACAUCAGAGAAUUAGAGGAGAAUCAGGAGGAGUUGCAGGACACGCUGGACUUGUUGAGAGAUAAUAUGACCCAGAGUUACACGAGCUUGCAGAGUCAGAGAAGGAAGCCUGUCUGGCAGCCAUUCAAAAAGUUUACUGUGUCUGGAUCGGCCUCAGUAUGAAGUGUCCAAGCUAUAGUGAUGAUUCAACAGUUUUAUGUCACAUGGAGAAAGCUGAAACAGACCUCGGAGAGGUGAAGGGCCACAGGGUUUCGCCACGGAAAACAGCCCCCCGCUCCCCCGUGGCACCCAACAUCUCCACCCCUGUGGAGACCAGAAGCAAAGGCCCCCACAAUAAAGAAAACUACCAGAAUAAGCGUCAUUCUCUAGACGUGGCAUCGGACGAUGAGGUGAUUCUCAGCAGCAGCGGCCUAACCGAGGACAGCGGCUACCUUUCCCUCCAAAACAGCCGGGUGGAUCACGGGGACGUGGAUGGCGCGGACUCUCUGGAGAGGAGUGAAGAGAAACGUGUGUCCUCUCAGUCCUCGGCCGUGGAGUGUCAUUCUGCGCCCUGUCUGCCCGUGUUGAACUUUCAGGAGGAGGUGUGCAGAGAGCUGGCUGAAAGCUUUAAAAAGAGCAAAAGUUACGACUGGACCGUCGUCGAUAAGGUUGCUGAGAACUACGGGCUGUAUAAUGUGAUCGGUGGGAAGAUGGGACGGCCGUCUGUGGACAUCCUUUGCGGCCUGUUGAGGAAAGACAUGAGGCAUAUCCUAGCCAGGAUAUUGGGCCUGUUGGGAGAUUGCGACUUAAUAAGCUGUAGAAAAGUGAGCCGGACAUGGCGCAAAAUCAUUUGCGAAGAUCAGGUGGCCCUUCGGCGCUGCAGAGUAGCGGAAAGAACGUUAAGGGACUCCGGUCGCUCCGCGGGCUCAUUAUCACGAGACCUCACCUUGAGCAGGGUGGUGUUCUCCUGCAUGCAGACCGUCGCCUCUACACCCGUUCACAAGGCCGUUAAGAAGCCGCAGUGCCAGACGGGCGGAGCGCGAAACACAUCCAGGUCAAGUCGCUUCCAGCAGUUUCAUGAGGUGGCUCAGUCGCUCAAACAGGAUGAAUCUCUACGAUCGUGUAUCCUCUGCGGCUUUGCAGCACGGUACAACGCAGCCAUGAAGAAGGCUGUGUGCUCGCGCACCGGCUGUGCUUUUGAGUUUUGCACACUGUGCCAAUCAGCGUUCCACAGCUCUGCGCCGUGCCGCAGCACGGUCCGGACCUUCUCCACCUCACAGAAAACACUCCUCGCCGGCUCGGCUCGAAGCAAACGCAACAUCCGUCGCCUCUGAGCACCAGACGGGAAAAUGUUACAACAACUACCUUUAGGUUCUUAAUCGUUUUGAAAGACUUUUUAAAAAAGAAAAAAAUGAAUGUUUUAUCGUCUUCCUAAAUGUGAAGUGAAUUUGGCCACAUUUGAGGCCGCUGCACAAAGUGAAAAACUACAAUCCUCUUCUACACCAAAAAAAGAGACUCAAGGAGGUUAAACAGCCUUUUCAGUAUUGUAAAUGUUGUUUUAUAAGAUUUUAUAAAAUUGUAAAUGUUUUAUUGAUGAAAUGAUCAAUUCCUGUCUGUCUUAUCACAGAAAUUGUACAUAUUUAAAUGGUUGAAUA